AUGAAGGUCUGUCUGAUCGGUGCCUCUGGUGGUAUUGGGAGACCAUUGGCUCUUCUGCUGAAGAUGAAUCCUGAAAUCGAUGAGGUUGCCCUAUAUGAUGUGCCUGGUGCGCGGUUCCCUAUUCCUGGUGUAGUAGCCGAUCUCUCGCAUAUCAACACUCAUGCUAAGGUUUCGGGUUACCAAGGGCUCGAUGAAAUCGGCGACUGUGUCGAGGGUGCUGAUAUGAUUAUCGUCACUGCUGGUAUCGCUCAGAAACCGGGAAUGACGAGGGACGAUCUCUUUAACGUAAACGCUAGGAUAAUGAGGGACUUAUCCUUCAAGUUCGCGAAAUAUGCUCCUACUGCUCUGGUGUGCAUCAUGUCAAACCCCGAGACAGCUCUAGUGCCCAUCACGUGUGAGGUCUACAAGCAAGUCGGUGUCUUCAACAAGGGGAAGAUCAUGGGCCUGAUGAGUCUUGACGUGACGCGUGCAAGGACCUUCUAUGCUGAGGCUACCAAUCAAGAGGUCGAAAAGGUUGAUGUGCCUGUCAUUGGAGGGCAUGGUGGUUGUGCUAUUCUACCCGUCUUCUCUCACGCCACACCUUAUGUUCAACUCGACGAGGCUACCAUNNNNUGGGGCAGCUAUGCCACUUCAAGGAAGGUUUUACAGAAGUACGAGUUUGUCGAAAUUGGCGUUACUCUAUCGUGCCAACAAAACUAA